CUGGCGGAGACGGGCGGGUUUAAAGCGCUCGGCGAGGGCGGGCGCGGUUCCCCCGCGGCCGGGGAGCGAUGGCGGCGGCCGGGCCGGGCCCCGGGGCCGGCGGCGCGGUGAAGACGCUGGCCCUGGUGCUGGAGGAUGAGGCCCGGCGCGGCGGAGGCGGCGGCGGAUACUGCAGCGGGGACACGGUGUCCGGGCAGGUGCUGCUGGAGCUGGCGGGGCCGCUGCCGCUCCGCGGGCUGCGCCUGGAGGCCGCGGGCCGGGCGCGCGUCGCUUGGAGCGAGAGCCCCGGCGCGGUGCCCGGGGCGGGCACGUGGGGGGUGGCGGUGCGGGCCCCGGGGCCGGGGCCGCGGCGGGAGGCGGAGGUGCGGUACCUGGACAUCCGACAGAGCCUCCUGCGGGACCCGCCCGAAGGUGAGGAAAACUUAAUUCUUCUAGAUGGAAGACACGAAUUUCCGUUCAGCUUUCAGCUUCCUCAAGAACCUCUGGUGACCUCUUUUACUGGGAAGUAUGGCAGUAUCCAGUACUACGUGAAAGCAGUUCUGGAGAGGCCUGCUGUACCUGACCAGAGUGUGCAGACUGAGCUGCAGGUCAUCAGCCAUAUCGAUGUCAGCUCACCAGCUCUCUUGACACCUGUUCUAAGAAGUCAGGAGAAGAUGGUUGGCUGUUGGUUUUUCACCUCUGGGCCAGUGUCUCUCAGUGCCAAAAUUGAGAGGAAGGGAUACUGUAAUGGGGAAGCCAUCCCAAUCUAUGCAGAAAUUGAGAACUGCUCUUCUCGUUUGAUUGUUCCAAAAGCUGCCAUUUUCCAAACACAAACUUACCUGGCCAGUGGGAAGACAAAAACCUUCCGUCAGAUGGUUGCCAAUGUCCGAGGAAACCACAUUGCCUCUGGGAGUACAGAUACCUGGAAUGGGAAAACUCUGAAAAUCCCACCUGUAUCCCCAUCUAUACUUGACUGCUGCAUUAUUAGAGUAGAAUAUUCAUUAGCUGUGUAUAUCCAUAUUCCUGGUGCUAAGAAAUUGAUGAUUGAAAUGCCUCUGGUGAUUGGCACUAUUCCAUGUAUUGGAUUUUCAAGCAGAAACUCCAGCAUUACCAGCCAGUUUAGUAUGGAUAUGAGUUGGCUGGCAUUGACCAUGCCUGAACACCCUGAAGCACCACCAAAUUAUGCUGAUGUAGUGUCUGAGGAAGAGUUUUCCAGACAUGUUCCUGCUUAUCCACCACCCAUUGACUGUGAGGAACAGUUGUGUUGUCCUGUCUUUGCUUACAUACAAGAGUUCCGGUUUCAGCCUCCACCUCUUUAUUCAGAGAUUGAUCCACAUCCAACUGAUGUAGAAGAAGUUCAGCCCGUUUCAUUCAUGCUCUGAAGAGGAUUUAUAAUGAGCAUCAUUGUGAUGAAUGUCUUAAUCUUUUCUGCUGCUUAAGCUGGUAGUGCAGCUAAAAAGGA